CUAGGCUCUUGCCAAUGUGAGCGUGUAGCAGACGCGCCGUUGGCUCAAUCCCUAGAAAAAUCUGGAUUUGUGAUUUCUAAUUCAUCUUUGCCCUAUAUUCCUCACCCGCUUAGCCAAGUCUGUGCGCCUUCAAUCAGUCAAUCGAGAGGGUUUCUCUCUGUAGCUCUAGCUCACUUUCUCUCUCUAAAACCACCCAUUUGAUCAUCAAUGGCCGACAAAACUGAUUUUAAUUCUCGCCCCAACAAGACACAGAAAGAUGUCCAUGCACCCGACGAUUCCAUCCCGCUUUCACCUCAGUGGCUUCUGCCUAAGCCGGGGGAGAACAAGGUUGGAGCCGUUACAGGGGAGAAUCAUUUUAGUCCUCUCCCGGGUCACACGAACCGCCUCGUUGCUGUGAAACCAACUGGAGAAAAAGAUGAUUCGGUUGAUAAUAACCCUAAGAAGAAAGACGUUUUUCGUCCUUCCGUGCUGAACGUAAAGCCUGGCAGUCGGGACAGCUGGCGUGAUGAAGAAAGGGACAGCCGCAGGGCGGAUUCAUCGGGCGGAAAGCAAGUGGGCAAGUGGAAUACCCAGUGGGGCCACAAUGACAAGGUGACAGACGGGAAGUCGGGGUAUUCUGGUAAUAAGGACGAUAGUGUGUUCAUUGACAAGGGGCCUACCCAUUUUACUCCUACUCACGGGAAAAACGAGAAGGAUGGAGUGGAUCACUAUCGGCCUUGGAGGCCGAGUUCUACUUACAGCCGUGGUAAGGGGGAAAAUCCGCCACUUGUCAUGUCUUAUGGCAGGGGAAGGGUUGGCUCUGGGGGGAAUUCGGUUACCCACACGGCCAAUCAUUUGCAGCCACGUGGAACUCUCGUGGCGAAAAAAGGUGAAACUGGCUAUGGGGAUUCUGGUUGUCUGUUGUUGUCUUAUAACAGGACAGAAUUGAUUGAUUUAUACAAGGGAACAGAUAUGAUAGGUUACGGUAGUAAGUGUUUGGAUUGUGUUGUGUCAGUACCUUCGCUUACUCAGAAUGAACCUGCUGAACCGCUGGCCUUUUGCGAACCUACUCCUGAAGAAUUGGCUAUUCUGAAGGGAAUUGGCAAUGGAGAUAUCAUUAGCAGUGGUGCUCCACAGGUCAAUAAAGACGGAUCUGCUGGCCGAACCACAACUGACUUUAUGCAUACGAGGCGAAAUAGGCUAGAUGAUUCCAGACAUGAAGCCCCGAACAACCCUGAUGGUUACUCAGAAUAUUCGGAAGCUUCGGCCCAUGGAAAGCACAUUCGUCGUUGGCCCGAGACGAAAGUUCAGACAAUGCAAGAUUACAAGACCUCUUCUGACCACAAUUUGAAUGUUGACGCCAUAAAGGAAGGCAAUGCUAUUCAUAGGAAGAAUGAUGAGCGCACUCAUUUAGCUUCUGAUUGGAGAGAGGGAUCUCUGGAUAUUCCGAAAGAUCUUAAAAAUGUAUGGCAGAAUAAUAAUAUGAUCGAUUCACCUAACAUCAAUAAAGGACCACCCAAAUGGCAGGUGGGUGAUGAGCCAGUUUUGGGAAGGCAACCACUUGCAGCUAUUAACAGGGAAAUUGAACCACAUAUGACUUCUCAACCUUCUCCAGAAGACCUGGUUCUUUAUUAUAAAGAUCCGCAGGGUGAAAUUCAAGGCCCUUUUGCUGGGAGUGAUAUCAUUACAUGGUUUGAGUCGGGAUAUUUUGGCAUUGAAUUGCAAGUGCGUUUAGCCAAUGCUUCGGCUGACUCUCCUUUCUACUUACUUGGAGAUGUUAUGCCCCAUUUGCAUGCCAAGGCUCGUCCACCUCCCGGAUUUAGUACACCCAAGCCAAAUGAAAUCCAUGAUACUUCUGGUAGAUUAAACUAUACUACUGCUGGAAAGCUUCAUACAGUUGUGGGUGAGGCUGAUUUGUUGAAGAAUGAUUCGAGAUAUCUGGAGUCAUUGAUGGCUGGCAGUACGAGUGCUGUUCCCUUUGAGAAGCUUGUUCUUUCAGAAGGUUUGGGAACUAACCGCGGGGAAGAUCCUUAUUUACUGGCCAAGAAGUUGGCAUUGGAAAAGCAACAGUCUGCACUAAAUCCUUAUUCACUUUGGCCUGGGGGAAAUUCUGCUUCGGUUACAGACAAUGCUCUUGCACAGCAUCGUACACAGAAUAUUCCUCCACAAUCUGCUCUUAGUAUAUUGCAACAGAGACUGCAGCAGCCACAGAACACACCUUUGAGCAAUCCGUUACCCCAAUCAUUGGAUAACUCAUCCAGGAUAAUUCCUUCGGAUAACCUCUUAGCGUCUGGUAUUCCUCAAGAUCAGCAGAUUUUAAGUUUGUUGCAACAGCAGUAUUUGCUACAGCAGGUUCAGCCCCAGACUCCAGUUGCGGCCCAGCAAUUGUCACUUUUGGAUAUGGUGCUUAAGCAGCAACAGAAGCAGGAAGAGCAGCAACUGUUAAUGCGCCAGCAGCAACAAUUGCUCUCGCAAGUGCUUCUAUCCAAGCAUCACGUAAAUCAACCAUUGAGCGAGCCUUCAAUUUCCCAGCUGCAGCAAACUGGUGGUUUUGCAGCUGCUAAUGUUAAUGUGGGUCACACCCAUUUUCAAAACCAUGAUAUAUUUCAGAUUGGUUCACAGAACGUGCGAGAUGAAAGUAAAAAUGCUGCUGGUUUUGUUUUGCCUCCUAAUGAUUCGAGCAGAAAUAUAGGCUCAGAAACUUCAGAAAGUUCAAUGCAUCUGCCACAUCAGAUUUUUGCUAAUCUUUCUAGCACGACAGAUGAUAGGGAGCAUUCGGGAGAUUCUGUCCCAAAGCAGCAAUAUACAAUUGAUCAUAAAAAUAAUUCAGUGUUUCAUGAAGCUUUGGAUGCAUUUGAAGAGACUCCGGCUGAGGAAUCAGCAGAAAAACCGCAAGGAAAUGAAGAACAGCACACUGCUGAUUCAUCCUUGGUAAAGGAAGUUAAGGUCCCUGAAGCACUGGGGAAGAAGUCAAAAAAGCAGAAGUCUUCUUCCAAGGCUCCUGUUGACUCAGUAAAGGGUACUGUGACAAAGUCACAACAGUUGAAGUCAUUGGAAUCUGAAGGAACAAUCUCUGGUAAUGCUAAAUCUGAAGCAACAGAAAAGGAGAAGAUGAAGAACAAAAAAUCAGCUGAGGAUGUGGGGCCUCAUAAUUAUGCAGAUGGAGUGACAACAGAGACAAGUGCUCGGCCAGGAUUUGCGCUCCCUCAGGCAAAUGCCGGGCAAAGGGCAUGGAAGCCUGCUCCCGGUUUUAAGCCGAAAUCAUUACUAGAGAUACAACAGGAAGAGCAGAGGAGAGCACAAGAACAAGAAGAGGCAGCUGUUACUGAUAUCUCAACUUCUCUAAGCUCCAUGAGCGUCUCAACCCUUUGGUCUGGGGUAGUUGCAAAUUCAGAUUAUAAUGCAUCAGAGGAAACAAGUACUGAGAUAAAUUUUGCAAAGUCUGAUAGUGCCUCUGUCCUGAAGAACAAGAAUAACCAAAACGAAGAUCUAUGCUGGGAUGCUAAUGUUUCCAAAUUAGGGGACAGCAUGCCUUUGACAUCAAUUAUGACUUCCCAAUCUGAUACGAUUGUUGAUGAUGACUUUAUUGAUGCUAAAGAUACUAAAAAGAGCCGUAAAAAGUCUGCCGGAGCUAAAAAGUCGCCUCCCAUUGUUACUGUCACCAAUGUGCAUGUUGGAACAAGUCCAAAUGAUAAGAGUAAACUUUCUCGGCAAAGGCAGCAGCAGAAGGAAGUAUUACCUCCUCUGCCGCCAUCUGGCCCUUCCUUGGGAGACUUUGUUACCUGGAAAGGGGAGUCUGCUAGUCCUCCUCCUGCCCCUGCUUGGUCUGAUUCUGCAAAACUCAGUAAGCCUGCAUCAUUGAGGGACAUCCUUAAGGAACAAGAGAAAAAGGUUUCUUCUUCACAGCCGUUGCCAACUCCUCAGAAGCCUACAACAACAAAUCCAUCUGCUUUUGCAAGUUUUCCUUCAUGGUCACAUUCUUCUUCUCCUGCAAAGUCUGCCGCCGCAGUGAGUAUUAACUCACAAACUUCCUCUAAGUCGAAACAUAAUAAAGUCGAGGAUGAUCUAUUCUGGGGACCACUAGAGCAACCGAAGCCAGAUGAUAAGCAGUCGGAGUUCCCUCAACUUGGGUCACAGGGAAGUUGGGCAAACAAAAGCACCCCGGUGAAGGGAAACCUUGGAGGCACUUUGAACCGUCAGAAGACUGCUGGCGGCAAAGCUGCAGAUAAUAACACAUUUUCUGUUUCAGCUUCUUCAGCUCCAUCAUCCCUCAAAGAGGCCGGCGACUUCAUGGAAUGGUGUGAGAGCGAGUGCAUCAGACUCAUUGGGUCGAAAGACACAAGUAUACUGGAAUACUGUCUGAAGAUAUCGAGAUCCGAGGCUGAGACACUACUGAUAGAGAAUCUUGGCUCGUUCGACCCAAACCAUGAAUUUAUCGACAAGUUUCUGAGCUACAAGGAUUUUCUGCCUGUAGAAUCUAGCAGUGGGCCCACAAAAGCAGGAAAAAAGAAGGGGCAAAAAGGGAAGAAAGUGAGCCCAUCCGUUUUGGGGUUUAAUGUCGUGAGCAACCGGAUUAUGAUGGGGGAGAUUCAAACUGUGGAUGAGUGAUGAGAGAUUCAGUUUGCUGUGUUUUUGUACAUACAUUUUGCUAUAAGAGUGAGUGAGUUGACUAUAGACUGUACAUGGUUUUCUGCUAGCCAGAGGAUUUUUUUGUUCUUUUUAAAUUAUCUUUACAGAGGGGUGCAGCAGCUUUAGUAUGCCUGCCUUUUUGGAAUUUUGCUGUAGUUUUGUUUUUGAACUUUAGUUUUAGAAGGUAGCUCUUUUUAUUUUAUGAAUGAAUAUAUUUCGACA